GGUAGCACAGCACCGAGCGGCGCACGCACCCAGUCAGUCGGUGAGCCGGCCAGCCUGGAACUAAACUAGGAGAGUGGAGCAGAGCAGUAGAGCAGGCGAGAGGGAGAGAAAGAGAGACGGAACACACUUCAGCCUCAGCCCUGAGAGUUAGAGCUGCCCGGCAGCCGCGGAAACUGCAGAGAGCCCUCCCGCCCAGCCAAGCCGAGGGCCGGCCAGCCGGCCACCUUACCCAGACCGCGUCCCGAAUCCUCACAGGCGGAGCACGGUCCCCUCCUGCGACACGCUGGAAGCAUGCUGCUGCUGGACGAGUCCGAGUCUUUCGCAGACCAGCCUCAGGGCACCCCUUUUAGCACGGAGAAUGAAGCCCAGGGAGGGGACUCCUCGGGGUGGCAGUGCACCCCUCCAUCUACCUCACCGUCGGGAGAGCCCCCAUCGCGCCCCUCGUCGCAGCCCUCGUCGCGCCCCUCCUCUCGGCCUGACAGCCGCAGCCCGGUGCCUUCCGGCGGCACCAAGAAGAGGGUGUCCAAGCCCGCACACAUGAGGAGGAACAUCCGGAAGCUCCUCAGAGAGCACCAACUGGAAGCAGUAACCAAAGCUGCCCAGCAGGAGGAGCUAGAGAGAAGGAAACGAUUGGAGCAGCAGAGGAAGGACUUCCCAGUGCCUCACAUCCCUGAAUUCCCCCCAGUGGUUUUGCCCUCUGGGGAGGUCUCCCAGAGCUCGUCAGCUCAUGUGACCAAGCAGGAAGUGAUCUGUCUGGACACCAGUAACAGCAGCGCCAGUGCCAGCGAGGACGACACCAAGGGACCGACACAAAAUGCCAUCAAGGAUGAUGUCAUUGAGCUCAGCUCUGGCGAGGAUGAUACCCUCCAGACCAGCCAGUCAAUCAAUGACGAGGACGACCGGUCGACCACGCCCGGCACAGAGGAGAGCAGCGGCGCCCACGUCAACGACACCCUCAACCAGCCCGACGCCCAGGGUCGCGUCCUCGUCAACAUCAACCACCCCGCCAACGAGCGGGACCUCUUCCUCGCCCCCCAGCUGGCACGAGCAGUCAAGCCCCACCAGAUCGGAGGGAUCCGGUUCCUCUACGACAACCUGGUGGAGUCUCUGGAGCGCUACAGGAACAGCAGCGGAUUCGGCUGCAUCCUGGCCCACAGCAUGGGCCUGGGCAAGACCCUGCAGGUCAUCUCCUUCAUCGACAUCCUGCUGCGCCACACCGGAGCCCACACUGUGCUGGCCAUCGUCCCUGUGAACACACUACAGAACUGGCUGGCAGAGUUCAACCUAUGGCUGCCCGCCCCGGAGGCACUGCCCCCAGACGGCGACCCCAACCAUGUCUUACCCCGAUCCUUCAAAGUCCACAUCCUGAACGACGAGCACAAAACGACAGCCGCUCGGGCCAAGGUGGUGAGCGACUGGUCGACCGAGGGCGGCGUGCUGCUCAUGGGGUACGAGAUGUACCGGCUGCUGUCACUGAAGAAGAGCUUUGUCGCGGGCAGAAAGAAGAAGUCCAAGAAACCCACGGGCCCCGUCAUUAUCGACCUGGAUGAAGAGGACCGGCAGCAGGAGCUGCUGAAAGGGAUCGAGAAGGCUCUGGCUCGGCCGGGGCCGGACGUGGUGAUCUGCGACGAGGGCCACCGCAUCAAGAACUGCCACGCCAGCACGUCGCAGGCGCUGAAGAACAUCCGCUCGCGGCGGCGCGUGGUGCUCACCGGCUACCCGCUGCAGAACAACCUGAUCGAGUACUGGUGCAUGGUGGACUUCGUGCGGCCCGACUUCCUGGGCACGAGGCAGGAGUUCAGCAACAUGUUCGAGAGGCCCAUCCUCAACGGGCAGUGUAUCGACAGCACGCCGCAGGACGUCCGCCUCAUGAGAUACCGCAGCCACGUCCUGCACAGCCUGCUUGAGGGCUUCGUUCAGAGACGAGGCCAUGAUGUGCUGAGGUCCCACCUGCCCUCCAAGGAGGAGCAUGUCAUCCUGGUGCGUCUGUCGCCCAUCCAGCGGGCGCUCUACACUGAGUUCAUGACCCGCUUCCGAGAGGCAGGCAACAGCGGCUGGCUGGGCCUCAACCCACUGAAGGCCUUCUGCGUCUGCUGCAAGAUCUGGAACCACCCGGAUGUCCUGUACGAAGCACUACAGAAGGAGAACCUGGCCAAUGAGCAAGACCUGGACCUGGAUGACCUCACCACCACGGGCAACAACCGCUGCUCAGCGCCCAGCCUGAAGGGCAAGCCCCCAGAUUCCACCAACAGCAAAAUAAACAUGGCAGGCCUGAACCUGGGCGCGCUGCAGGAGAGGGCCAACCAAGUCAUCACCUACGAAUGGGCCAAGGAUAUCAUGACUAACUACCAGACGGGCAUUCUAGAGAACUCGGCCAAGAUGGUUCUGCUGUUCCACCUAAUCGACGAGAGCGUUAGAAAGGGAGACAAGAUACUGGUGUUCAGUCAGAGCUUGUCCACACUGUCCGUCAUAGAGGAGUUCUUGGUCAAGAGGCCCAUGCCAUUUGUCAGAGUUGGUGCUGAAGGCCAGAGCCAGAACUGGGUGCGCAACGUCAACUACUACAGGUUGGAUGGGAGCACGUCAGCCUCAGAGAGAGAACGACUCAUCAAUCAGUUCAACGACCCUGGGAACGACAACGCGUGGGUCUUCCUGCUGUCUACCAGGGCGGGCUGCCUCGGGGUGAACCUGAUCGGGGCCAACCGCGUGGUGGUGUUCGAUGCCUCCUGGAACCCCUGCCAUGACGCGCAGGCCGUUUGCAGGGUGUACCGCUACGGACAGAGGAAGGCCUGCCACAUCUACCGGCUGGUGUGCGACUUCACCCUGGAGAAGAAGAUCUACGACCGGCAGAUCUCCAAGCAGGGAAUGUCAGACCGUGUGGUGGACGACCUGAAUCCUGUACUGAACUUCACCCGGCGGGAGGUGGAGUCUCUACUGCACUUUGUGGAGGAAGAGCCCGACCCCGCCCGGGUGCAGCUGAGCCCCCACAACGAAAUGGAGGACGUCAUCCGCCAGGCCUGUACCCUCUACCCCAACCUCAUCACCAAGCAACCUUUCCACCACGAGUCACUCCUAAUGGACCGCAAGGAGAUGAAGCUCACUAAAGCCGAGAAGAAGGCCGCCAAAAAGAGCUACGAGGACGAGAAGCGUGCGUCUGUGCCCUACACUCGCCCGUCAUAUGCCCACUACUACCCAGCCAGUGACCAGAGCCUCACCAACAUCCCAGCCUUCAGCCAGCGCAACUGGCGCCCCCCUCCUCGGCCAGAUGAGAAGCCAGUGGCCAGUGUCCGCCCGGUCCAGUCCACCCCCAUUCCCAUGAUGCCGCGGCAGGUGCCCCUGGGCCCUGGUGGCUCAUUGGCUGGCUCGAGUGCAGGUGUCAAUUUUCCUGUCAACUACUUGCAGAAGGCAGGGGUCUUCGUGCAGAAGAUCGUCACGACCACAGAUAUUGUGAUUCCUGGAACAAACAGCACAGCAGACGUCCAGGCCCGCAUCAGUGCUGGAGAGAGCAUUCAUGUGAUCAGGGGAACCAAGGGGACUUACAUCAGAACAAGCGAUGGGCGGAUCUUUGCCAUCCGAGCAGCAGGAAAGGCGAGACCAGGGGAAGAGGGUUCGGCCACACCCAGAGAUUCCCAGAGGUCAUCCGAGGAGACCCCCAGGAACGGCAGCAACGGCUGCCCGUCUCCGGACCGCAAGCGCCUUAGCCCAGACAGCCUCGCUCGCCCGCUCUCCCCAGACGGCCCCGAGAUCCUGAGCGAGCUUCGCAGGUACACAGCGGGGGCCCCGGGGGACGCGGCGGGGAGCAAGCCCUCCGAGCCGACGGCAGGGGGACAGGAAAGGGUGCAGGACGGCAGCAGCAGUGGCAGCAGCACAAAAGCCGAGGGGGGCGCGCAGCCCAGCACCGAGGCCCUGGACUUGCGUGGAACCAAGCGCAAGUCUUCCACGCCCUCGUCCGAGGAACGCACCCCCAAGCAGCCCAGCGGCAAACGGACCUCCAUGCCCCUCCCGCUGCAGGGCCUCCCGCUCGCCGGCGGCUAUGGCCUGCCCCCUGUGGGCCUCAGCCCCGCCCUGCUCGGCCCCAUGGGCCACCCCAUGUUCAUGGGCGCCAGCUCUCCGUACUUCCAGGCGCACGGCCAGCUGGGCGACCCCCGGCUGAUGUUCCCCAUGACCCCCGACCCGUUCAGCCUCGGGGGCAGCAGCCUGCCCAGCUCGUCGUCCUCCGCCGCCUCGUCCUCCACCACCUCCCUGUCGUCGUCCUCGUCGCCCUCAGCUGCCGGCUCGGCCUCCAGCUCCCUGCCCCCGUUCAUGCUUAGCCCUGGCAUGGCCAGCAUGCUCCCGCCCGGCUUCCCGCUAUCUUACGGCCAGUCGCUGAUGCCUGAGCCCAGAAUGUACCCCUCCUCACUACUCCCCGGGGGACUCCCCGCCACCCCGGGCCCGGCCGGAUCAAGCUUCCUCUCCCACUUCUCCUCCCCCAGUCUCCUGGGAGCGGCGCUGAGGCGGACGGACGCCCACGUCGUCUCGGAGAACGGGGGCAGCAGCUCAGAUGACGAUGUCAUCGAGGUGACCGGACAGUGAACUGUCUGUGGGAGUAGUAAAAAGCCUGGAGGAUCGGGGGUGGGGGCAGAGUCAGGAUGGGUAAGUAGGGAAGGAGAGAGAGAUAGAGAGAGGGAAAGAGAGAGAAAGAGAGUGUGUCCUCCACAUGCGCAAGCUCCUCCCAUCUCCCUACCUCUGCCCCCUCACACUCUCCCGGGAGAGACUGAGUGGGGACCCGAUACAGAGACUGGACUGAGAAACAAAUCCUUAUGCUGAAUAUGUUAUUUAAGACGAUGGUAACUGAAAAAGAAACUGAGCACGAGAGAGAAUGGAUGAAAAAAAUGGACUUGUGGAACGUGGGGCUUCCAGUCACUGCCCUAUACUGGCCCAUCACUGACUGUACUGCCAGGUGGGCUUAGACCUGCA